UUUUCCUAAGAGUUAGAUUGUUCACACACUGUGUGAUUUACCUGAUCUUUUUGCUUGUUUUCUAUCCCUAAUUGCCUCGGAAGUGCUGCUCAGUUACUGUAUAGUUCAUUGAUUUUCUGUAUAGUGAUUUUAUUUGCAUGCUCUGUGACAAUCCUUCUACUUUCAACGACCUUAUAUCUGUGGAACUUUAAGCCAUGGAUCAAAGUGACAUGGAUUUAACAAAUAUGGAACCUCCUCCAAGUCCCAAGCCUAGCUUUGUAAGGAAUGUCAACCUGGCAGCCAUGAAGGAGGACUAUCUUUAUCAUUUGGCACUGGAUACAGAGCAUCAUGAUUUAAAAGACAUGUUUAAGGAUGUCAGGUUUGUUUGCUUUGGAGGAUCACCCAGUCGUAUGAAAGCGUUUGCGUUUUACAUGGUGGAUGAACUGAAGUAUAAGAUGGUUGCUGGUCAAACCUUAGAGAAUAUAUCUAGAGGGUCAGAUAGAUAUGUGUUGUAUAAAGUGGGCCCCGUCCUCUCAGUCAGUCAUGGUAUGGGAAUCCCUUCUCUGUCUAUCCUGAUCCAUGAAAUUCUAAAACUGCUGAAUCAUGCAGGAUGUGACCCCGCUGAGGUCAUCUUCUUCAGACUUGGAACGAGUGGGGGACUGGGCCUGGAUCCUGGAACUGUUGUUAUAUCUGAGGCUGCUGUAGACGGCCUUCUACGACCAUAUAUGGAAGUGGCAAUUCUGGGAUUGAUUAAUCAGUUCCCUGCUUUUCUCUGUCCAGUGCUAAACAAUGAGCUCUUAGAUGUAGCUAAAUCUAUAGGAUGUGAGACAGUGCUAGGGAAAACAAUGUGCACAUAUGACUUCUAUGAAGGUCAGGGCAGGUUGGAUGGAGCAUUUUGUGACUUCACUGAGGAGGACAAGAUGAACUUUCUCAAGCGAGCUCACGGAAAGGGGAUUGCCAAUAUUGAAAUGGAAUCAUUGUGUUUUGCUGCCAUGUGCCACAGGGCAGGUGUCAAAAGUGCUGUGCUUUGUGUGACACUUCUUGAUAGAUUGAAAGGUGACCAAAUCUCCACCCCACAUGAAAUUAUGGAGGAAUGGCAACAGCGUCCUCAAAGAAUUAUGUCCGCAUUUAUCAAAAAGAAACUGGGAAUUACAAAUUGAUGAAACCAAUUUUGAUAUACUUCUACUGUGGUCAUCAAAUUUGAAAUUAUUACAGAAGUAAAGAAUUGGAUUUCCUAACAUAGUACAUACAAUAGAAUUAUGUUGGUACUGAAUUAGAAACAUUGUUCUAAGCUUUAAAAUCAAAACUGCUAUAGCAAUUCUCAAUCAUAUCAUAAAAUGUUAAUCAAAAAAAAAUUUACUUUCUUUACAAUGUUGUUGAUGUUAUUUUGAGUAUUUAUUCUCUUUUUGAGUGUUGGUACUAUUUGUACAAAU